AUGGAUCAGGAAAGCAAUUUCAGCGAUGAAAACUCUGAUGAUGGAAUUCUUUCAAUUGCUGCAGAUAACUCUUCAACUGGAACUAUCUCAAGAGCACCCACAUGCCACCAAGUUGUUUAUAAUAAGUAUGAAUCUGUCGGAACACUAGUGGAAAUUUGACCUCAUCCACAAUUACAUAUGAGUAUUGCAAGUGAGCAAGCUGAAGAAGCUUAUCGAGCUCAUGGGUGUAUUUGCACAGUUUUCUAA